AUGUCUGACUCUCCGGCUUCUUCUCCACCAGCACCGCCAGCUGAUUCCAGUCCGCCGCCGGAUAACUCCACCGGUGGAUCUGCUCCUCCCCCUUCGGAUCCAGCACCACCUCCUAGCCCGCCGGUUGUUUCAUCUCCGCCUCCUGAUUCAUCACCACCGCCGAGUCCUCCAUCUCCACCGCCGGCGACUCCUCCUCCGGAAUCUAGUCCCCCGCCUCCUCUUCCGGAUUCCUCGCCUCCUCCACCGGCGGACGCUCCACCUCCAGCUGCUGAUCCUCCACCUCCACCGCUAGACGCUGGUUCACCGCCACCAGAGCCAACCAACUCCCCUCCACCUCCUCCCCCGGAGGAAAUUGAAUCACCACCGCCUCCACCAAAUGAAGACCAAAGCCCUCCUGCUCCUCCUCCGCCGGAAGAAAAAUCAUCUCCACCGGAGUCAGAACCUGAACAGCCGAAAAAAUCACCACCGCCACCACCAGCAGCACCAACAAAAUCUCCUUCAGCACCAACCAACUCUCCUCCAGCUCCUCCAAACACGCCGCCGCGUAACACAUCUUCUCACGCACUGCCACCAAAGUCAUCCACCGUCGCAGGUGGACCAUUCAAGUCACCAUCUCGCGGAGUCCCCAACGUCCCUCCUCCACCAAACGGCGAUGGCUACCAAGGCAAAACCAUGGUCGGAAUGGCCGUAGCCGGAUUCGCAAUCAUCGCCUUGAUCGCCGUCGUCUUCUUAGUCAGAAGAAAGAAGAAGAGAAACGCCGAUGCUUACAGUGACUCACAAUACUUGCCUCCUUCAAACUUCUCCAUCAAAUCAGAUGGAUUUUUAUACGGUCAAAACCAUUCAAAAGGAUACUCCGGUCCCGGUGGUUACAAUUCACAGCAACAAUCCGGAAACAGCUUCGGGAGUCAAAAAGGGAGCCAAAGAGGCUACACACAGUCAGGUUCCACGCCUGACUCAGCUGUGAUGGGGAGUGGUCAGACGCAUUUCGCGUACGAAGAGCUGAUGGAGAUAACUGACGGAUUCGCGCGGCAAAACAUACUCGGAGAAGGAGGGUUUGGUUGUGUGUACAAAGGUAAACUACACGACGGGAAGCUAGUCGCGGUGAAGCAGCUUAAAGUUGGUAGCGGACAAGGUGAUCGAGAGUUUAAAGCGGAGGUUGAGAUCAUUAGCCGUGUUCACCAUCGGCAUUUGGUUUCUCUUGUUGGCUAUUGUAUUUCUGAUGUUGAGAGGUUGCUUAUCUAUGAGUAUGUUCCUAACCAAACCUUGGAGCAUCAUUUGCAUGGUAAGGGAAGACCGGUUCUAGAGUGGGCUAGGAGAGUCCGAAUCGCUAUUGGUUCGGCUAAAGGUUUGGCGUAUUUGCAUGAAGACUGUCACCCAAAAAUCAUUCACAGGGAUAUUAAGUCAGCAAACAUCCUGCUGGACGAUGAGUUUGAAGCUCAGGUUGCUGACUUUGGACUUGCUAAACUCAAUGACUCAACUCAAACCCAUGUGUCAACUCGCGUUAUGGGAACCUUUGGGUACCUAGCACCGGAAUAUGCACAAAGUGGAAAGCUGACUGAUCGAUCAGAUGUUUUCUCGUUUGGAGUUGUUCUCUUAGAGCUUGUAACCGGACGCAAACCAGUCGACCAGCACCAACCUCUAGGAGAAGAGAGUCUGGUCGAAUGGGCUCGUCCACUGCUUCACAAAGCCAUUGAGACUGGAGAUUUCAGCGAUCUUGUUGAUAGACGGCUCGAAAAGCAUUACGUAGAGAAUGAAGUUUUCAGGAUGAUUGAAACGGCUGCUGCUUGUGUUAGGCAUUCCGGUCCAAAACGUCCUCGCAUGGUUCAGGUGGUGAGAGCAUUGGACAGUGAAGGGGACAUGGGAGACAUAAGCAACGGAGUCAAAGUGGGACAAAGCGGUGCUUAUGACUCUGGUCAGUAUAACUCAGACAUCAUGAAGUUCAGAAAAAUGGCGUUUGGUUUUGAUGACAGCUCAGAUUCCGGCAUGUACAGUGGAGACUACUCUGUCCCAAGCUCUCGGAAAGGAUCCAAUGGAACAUCUGCUGAGUUCACGAGGAACGAAUCCGAGAACCGAUUCAAUAACCGACGGUUCUGA